GAAAUUAAUGAAUUGCCAUUUUUGUGCAGUGAGUGAAGUUAACCAGAAGUAAUUACGUUUAUAUAUUGUUAAUACUUUGGCAACAUAACAUUUAUAAAAGUUUCCUCUGGUUAAUAUAAUAGGAAUGGAUCUAUAAAUCAUGGCUAAAGCAACAACAUGUAAAGAGGCUAUUCAACGAUGGGAAGAAAAAACUGGUUUGAUCGCCAGCGAACAGAAAGAAAUCAUUUUGUCUUUUCAAUGGCCUCCGAUUGAGAGAAUGGAUAAUAAUUUAGCGGCACUUAUCGCCGUCGAGAAAUUAUCUCUCUCAACGAAUAUGAUAGAGAAAAUUACUGGUAUCAAUUCUUUAAAGAAUUUAAAAAUUCUAUCUCUGAGCCGUAACAAUCUUAAGACGUUCUCCGGAUUGGAAGCAGUUGGAGAACAUUUAGAGGAAUUAUGGAUAUCAUAUAAUCAGAUCGAAAAAAUUAAAGGUGUUAACGUAUUAAAAGCGCUAAAAGUACUUUACAUGUCGAAUAAUUUGGUAAAAGACUGGGCGGAGUUUAAUCGUCUGCAAGAAAUACCGAAUCUCGAAGAUUUAUUGUUUAUUAAUAAUCCUAUUUGUGAAAAUAUGGACACGGAAUCUUGGCGUAGUCAGGCAACCAGAAGACUUCCAAAAUUAAAGAAACUUGAUGCUAUACCGGUUGUAUGAUUAUUUCUUAAUCAUU